CAGCGGAGCAGAAGUAGUGCGAGGGGAGUGACUAAGUCCCAGGGUCUAUAUAUUCACAUGUUUUGUCCGGUGGCUUUACGUGAAUGAGAGAAGAAGACGAAGAAGUCCCCACAGCGCAGGAUUAUUACACGCCAUCAUGGAUUCGAUCUUCCGCGCACUUUGCAUGACUUAUUUUGUCCUGGCGUCGUUCAGCCGUGGGUCAGGUGCGCUGGGUCCGGUGAUCAGGUGCGAGCCCUGCGACGAGAACGCGCGUCUGUCCUGCAAGCCUUUGCCCAAGGACUGCGCCGAGAAGGUCCGCGAGCCGGGCUGCGGCUGCUGCCUGACGUGCGCGCUCAGCUUCGGCCAGCCUUGCGGCGUAUACACCGGCAGAUGCGGCUCCCGGCUCUCCUGCCAGCAUCAGCCCGGCGAGACGCGACCGCUGCAGGCUCUGCUGGAGGGACGCGGGAUUUGCGCGAACGCCACGACGACGACGACGAGCAAAAGACUCGCGGAGAGACAAUCGCCCCCUGUCAAUGACCUUCCAGAAAUGAUUGAGACUGUGGACGAGGAGCGUAACUCCACCGGCUUCCAGAAGACCCACAGACCGGUGGCACCCCUGAGACCUCCACUUCACCCCUUCCUCCAUUCCGCCAAGGCCGAAAUCCUCCGGCGGGAGCAGCAAAAGAGAACAAGAAGCUUUAAAAUGGAGGUUCCGGGACCACUCAUGACAGACCAACAGAACUUCUCCCUGGAGAUCAAACCGGAGCCUGAGUAUGGUCCCUGUCGGCGAGAGAUCGAGAGCAUUCUCAGCAGCCUGAAGAUUACAGACACCCUCAACCCCCGUGGUUUCCGCAUACCAAACUGUGACAAGAAGGGCUUCUAUAAGAAAAAACAGUGCCGUCCGUCCAAGGGCAGAAAGCGAGGCUUCUGUUGGUGCGUGGACAAAUUCGGGCAGCCUCUGCCAGGUUUCGAUGGGAGGGAGCGAGGAGUCGCCCGGCAUUACCACUCAGAGAGCCAAUAGGAGCCUGUAAACAAGAUCCGUAAACAACCAGAGACGCUGAGGAUAUCAGGAGAUGGGUCAAGACGGUUCGGCUUGUUGAAAAGACGAUGGAUUCUUCAAAAACUCUCCUGACAAAGACUCACCUCGAGUAAUUGAUCUCGAAAGCUGAGAGAGAGAGAGAAAGAGAGAUGCACUUCAUUAUUAUUAUUAUUAUAGACAUGCAUUCUCUCAGUGUAGGCAUAACUUUGUUUAUGCUUUCAAGGUUUGCUUCCUUAAACACAGAAAUACAUCAUCGUCAUCAUCAUCAGUCAGGUGGGUGUUCCCAAGUUGUGGCUUCAGGACCCGAAAAGGGUCACGGGUGCAUUUUUUCUGGGUCAUCAUGGAAGUAAAAAGACAUUUAUUCAUCCAUUUCUCAACAAAGACAUUAAUGUUUGUAAGAAUUUCAUGUCUCGUGUGUGUUUUAUUAUGUUAGAUUUAACGGGCCAUUAGACCAAAUCAGUUCUAUUGACUUAUUACAACUCUUAAAAUAAAUUACCGUAUUUUUUUAUAUAGUAAGGCGCACUUAAAAUCCUUAAAUUUUCUCAAAAAUUAACAGUGCACCUUAUAACCCGGUGCGGAAUAAUUCUGGUUGUGCUUACCGACCUCGAAGCAAUUGUAUUUGGUAUAUGGUGUAAUAAGUGUGACCAAUAGAUGGCAAUCACGUAAGAGAUACGUGUAGACUGCAAUAUGACGCCAGUAAACACCAAAACUUUAAAUGGUCCACUGAAAAUAAAGAACAUUAUGCACGGCGCUCAAAAAUCCCUCAAAAUGUUUUAGUAAGACUUUGAAGCAGCACCACUUGAUGGAUUGUCGGCCCAUUACAGCUCCCGUAGUCAGAGAUACAAGUAUUACUAUGGUGUGUGUAUAAGUACUGUGAAGUGAAGUGAAGUGAAGUGAAUUAUAUUUAUAUAGCGCUUUUUUUCUCUAGUGACUCAAAGCGCUUUACAUAGUGAAACCCAAUAUCUAAGUUACAUUUAAACCAGUGUGGGUGGCACUGGGAGCAGGUGGGUAAAGUGUCCUGCCGAAGGACACAACGGCAGUGACUAGGAUGGCGGAAGUGGGGAUCGAACCUGCAACCCUCAAGUUGCUGGCAUGGCCACUCUACCAACCGAGCUAUACCGCCCUGUCAUCGAUAAGCUUCUCCUUUUUCACUAUCUUCUUGUUGUGGGGCAUUCAUCCUCUGCUGUUGCGAUUUCUAAUAUAAAGUAGUGUAAAGUUCUUACUGACAGUAUAUCUGUCAGUAAACUCGCUAUGAAAGCAUUAUUAGAGUUAUUAGAGAGUUACGGUCGGACGGAUUUUCACGGGACACAUUUCCGGCGCUGUUAUUGCACUAGUGAGCCACGGAUGAGAAGAUGCUGGUCUGUUAUUGAUUGAAGUAAAGUCUGAAUGUCAUUAAAACAGUUAGCGCCAUCUUUCGACACGUCUUCCACUCCCGUCCUUGCACGCUACACCGCUACAACAAAGAUGACGGGGAGAAGACAAUGUCGCAGGUGAGCCAUGUAAAUAAGACCGCCCACACAACGGUGCAUCCUGAAGCGACUGUCAGAAAGCGACUUGAAGAUGAUCUGUAAAAAAAUUGGACCAAAGAACCACCAUCACAUGUUAUGUAGACCACAAGGAAGUGUUUUACAUUUAGAAAAAACUCAUAAUAUGACCCCUUUAAAGCGCCUUAUAAUACGGUGCACCUUUUGUAUAAAAAAAAAAGACCUGAAUAGACCCGUUCAAUAUUGUACCUUUUAAUCCGGUGUGCCCUAUGGUCCAAAAAUAAUGGUACUUAAAAUGUGUAUUAGCCCGUUUCAGACUACCGUGUGUUUUGGAACAUAAGGCACACCGGAACAAUGAAAGGGUCUUUUUUCAUACAAAACACGUGCCAGAUUACAAGGCGCAUUAAAGGGGUCAUAUUAUGAUUAUGUUUUCUUCAUGGAAAACACUUCCUUGUGGUCUAUAUAACAUGUAAUGGUGGUUCCUUGGUCAAAAUUUUCAGGAUGUGCCGUUUUGUGGGUGGUCUUAUUUACAUGCUAAGACUACGUCUUCUCAUCUUCUGCAUCUUUGUUGUAGUUUUUAGCGCUUCCGUUGCGAGUCUACUCAUAGAUGUACAUUACAACUGUAUGCUACUUUAUAUUAGAAAUGGCGUCAGCGGAGGAUGAAUUCCCCACAACAAGAGGAUAGAGAAAAAGGAGCAGCCUUUUGACUACGGCGCAAGCUACAAUGGCGGAUGUGCACAGAUUUUCGGGAUUUAUGCAUAUUCCAAAUACACAUCAGCAGGAACCAAUAGGUAAGAAAUGUUGGGUUUUGCAUAAUAUUGCGAAUAAUAUUUUUUUCCUAAUAGGUGUCAUUUUCGGGUCCUUAGACACCAUAUUAAUACGCGUAUGUUGAAGCACAGUGGGUCUGACUAUGGUAGCUAUAAUGCUACGCAUUCCAUCAAGCGGUGCAGCUUCAUGGUUUACCAAAGUCGUACUAAAACAUCUUGACAGAUUUUUGAGCUCUGUGUGUACAAUGCUGCACUUGCUAGCAUCCUUUAUCGAACAGGCUUCAACCUGCAGUCCACACAUUCUGUAUCUCUUAUGUGUGGCUGCCUUUUACUGGUCACACUUAUUACACCAUGUACCAAAUAAAAUAACUUAGAGGUCAUAACCAGAAUUAAUAUGUAGAUUAGGUGCACCGAGUUAUGAGGCACACAGUGAUUUUUAAAGUGCGCCUUAAGGUCCGAACAAUACAGUACUUUUGUUCUGAUGACAAGUAACAGGACUGAAAAUAACACGAGUAAGUUUUUGCAAAAAAAUCUGCAAAAAAACAUGAAUUAUAGUCACAUGACAUUGUGAGUGUUAGCUAAAGUCAUCUGAUGUGGCGGAUGUGCACAGAUUUUUGGGACUUAUGCAGAUCCCAAAUACACAUCAGCAGGAACCUAUAGGUAAAAAAUGUUGCUUUUGCAUAAUAUAGCUAACAAUAUUUUUUUCCUAAUAGGUGCCAUUUUGAGGUGCUUAUACAGACAAUAUAAUACUGCUCGUAUGUUGAAGCACAGUAUGUCUGACUAUGGUAGCUAUAAUGUUACGCGUUCCUUCAAGCGGUGCGGUUUCGUACUACACCAAAGUGGUACUAAAACAUCUUGACAGAUUUUUGAGCACUGUGUGUACAUUUAUCAAACAGGCUUCAACCUGUAGUCCAUACAUUAUGUAUCUCUUAUGUGUGGCUGCCUUUUACUGGUCACACUUAUUACACCAUGUACCAAAUAAAUUUGCUUCGAGGUCGUGACUAAAGGAUUUUAAGUGCGCCUUAAGGUCCGAAGAAUACAGUACUUUUGUUCCAAUGACGAGUAACAGGACUGUAAGUAAUAGGAGUACGUUUGUAGGAAAAAAAUCGGCAAAUCCAUGAAUUGUAGUCAUAUGACAUUGUGAGUGUUAGCUAAAGUCAUUGUUGAAAUAUUCAAUAUACUGAUAAAUAACAAAGUUAACUUACUUUUGUACAAUUUCCUGUGGACCGUGUGACUUUUCAGAGGGAGUAGCAGGACUGAAAGUAACGGUUUGUUUUUAAUGAGUUAGUUUUUAGCACACAAUCAGCAAACUAUGAACAAUACGUCACAGCACACAAAGCACAUUAUAGUUCUUCAACCAAAAAAUUCUGAAAUAUAAACACAAGAACAUAUUUUAAAAUCAUGCAUGAAAUAUCAUUGACAUACAUAUACAUUACAUACAUACAGAUAAACCCGCAACCCCAAAGGGAAUAAGCAGUAGAAAAUGGAUGGACAUACAGAUAAAAAUAAGAGUGGACUUACUUUUGCCCUUUCAAAUGACGCAACGGCAGACCAUGUGACAUUUUUCAGAGGGGGUAACAGGACAGAGUGGCCAGUUUGGCCCAGGGACACAUUGAAAGUGAAUUGUAACCUUAAAAAUAAGGAAAAAAAAUCCUCAAAAGUAGUUGUGAUAAGGAGGGACACAAAUAUGUGAAAAAAAAGGAAGGAUUUAAAUUGUUUUUAAUUGUAGGAAGCAUGGACAUGCCCCAGUGUUCCAUGUUUUAAAUAUGCCAUUUGAAUCAACGUGCUGGACACUUUGUCAAAAAAAAAGAAAAAUAGACCGAUUUAGUGGAAUGGCCCGUAAUGUAUAUACAGUAUAUGUUUUGACAAAUGUGGUAAGCCCUCCUUUAAGGUAAGUUUGUAUGUACAUUAAAAUGCAGGCCUCAAAAGUAUUUUGCAUAAUAAAGGCACUAUAAAAUGA